GAGUGGUACUCAAAUGUGUUAUGUUUUGGGAAAAUCCAAUACAACACUUUGUAUUCAGGACAACAUUUUAAUUUCUUUGCCACAUUUUUGCCACAUAUUUUCUAUGUUUGACAGCUUCCUUAUUUCCACAUUGUCAAGUAGUAGGAGUAACUACAAUGUUGAUCCAUCCUCAGUUUUCUCCUAUCACAACCAUUAAACUCCAUAACUGUUUUAAAGUCACCAUUGACCGUAUGGUGAAAUCCCCGAGCGGUUUCCUUCCUCUCCAGCAACUGAGUUAAGAAGGACACCUGUAUCUUUGUAGUGACUGGGUAUAUUGAUACACCAUUCAAAGUGCAAUAACUUCACCAUGCUCAAAGGGAUAUUCGACGUCUGUAUUUUUUUCAAACUUAUCAAUAGGCGAACCUUCUUUGCGAGGCAUUGGAAAACCACCCUGGUCUUUGUGGUUGAAUCUGUGUUUGAAAUCCACUGUUUGACUGAGGGACCUUACAGAUAAUUGUGUGUGUUGGGUACAGAGAUGAGGUAGUCAUUAAAAAAAAUCAUGUUAAACACUAUUAUUGCACACAGAGUGAGUCCAUGCAACUUGUUAUGUGACUUGUUGAAGCACAUUUAAAGGUUAAACAAAUGUUUACUCCUGAACGUAUUCAGACCAAUAAGAGGUUUAAUAAUUAUUGACUCACAAUACUCCAGCUUUUCAUUUUUUAUUCUUUUGUAAACAUUUCUAAAAGAAUAUUUCCAGGAGUGACAAUUAUUUUUUAUUUAAUUCAGACUAACACAAAAUGUGGAAAAUUCAUUUUCUGGUUACAUUGUACACCUGCACAUCGACACUGUAUUGUUACUCCCCGUAUAUACCCCAUGUUAUUUUUUACUUGUUAAUGGUAUUCGUUAUUUAAUCCUUUUCUGUAUUUCUAUUUAUUUCUCUCUGCAUUGUUGGAAAAUGACCCAUAGGUCAGCAUUUCACUAUUAGCAUACACCUGUUGUUUUAUGAAGUAAUUAACAAAUGGAAUUUGAUUGUGAUUGAAAUAGCUUCUGGCAGACAUUUUGGGUGCCUGAACUCAUGCAUGUUUAAGCAAAUAUUCUGUUAGAGGUUCUGGAAGUCAAGCAGUAGAACAUGUGAGGUUCUGGAACUCAGUUCUGGUGUUCUGUUCCAUGUUCCUUGUGUAUUUCCCUCAGUGAUUCUAAGAGCAACUGGAAAGAAAAACAUAUGUAUAUACAUUGAUCAAGUUCUAAUGAUAAUAAUGUGUACUUCAGUGUAUCUUUGGAGGUGGAAGAGACAUUUCCCAACUGCUGCAGUGUGUCUGGGGCUGCUGUGUGUUCUCCUACUGGCUGGGAUCAUAGGCCUAUUACUCUCCCAGAGAAACCAAUUGACCAGUUCAGACACCCUGACCAAAGAGAGAGACCAGCUACAGACCAGUUACAACACCCUGACCAAAGAGAGAGACCAGCUACAGACCAGUUACAAAACCCUGACCAAAGAGAGAGACCAGCUACAGACCAGUUACAACACCCUGACCAAAGAGAGAGACCAGCUACAGACCAGUUACAACACCCUGACCAAAGAGAGAGACCAGCUACAGACCAGUUUCAACACCCUGACCAAAGAGAGAGACCAGCUACAGACAAGUUUCAACAUCCCGACCAAAGUGAGAGACCAGCUACAGACCAGCUACAACACCCUGACCAAAGAGAGAGACCAGCUUCAGACUAGCAACAACACGCUGACCAAAGAGAGAGACCAGCUACAGACCAGCUACAACACCCUGACCAAAGAGAGAGACCAGCUACAGACCAGCUACAACACUCUGACCAAAGAGAGAGACCAGCUACAGACAAGCUACAACACCCUGAUUGAAGAGAAAGACCAGCUACAGACCAGUUCCAACAACCUGACCAAAGAGAAAGACCAGCUACAGACCAGUUCCAACACCCUGACCAAAGAGAGAGACCAGCUACAGACCAGUUUCAACACCCUGACCAAAGAGAGAGACCAUCUACAGACCAGUUCCAACACCCUGACCAAAGAGAGAGACCAGCUACAGACCAGUUCCAACAACCUGACCAAAGAGAGAGACCAGCUACAGACCAGUUACAACACCCUGACCAAAGAGAGAGACCAGCUACAGACCAGCUACAACUCCCUGACCAAAGAGAGAGACCAAUUACAGACCAGCUACAACACCCUGACCAAAGAGAGAGACCAGCUCCAGACCAUUAACAACACCCUUACUGCAGAAAGAGACCAGCUGCAGACCAAUUAUAACACCCUGACCAAACAGAGAGACCAGCUACAGACCAGCUGCAACACCCUGACUGCAGAAAGAGACCAGAUACAGACUAACAACAACAGCCUGACCAAAGAGAGAGACCAGCUGCAGACCAGUAACAACACCCUAACUGAAGAAAGAGACCAGCUACAAAAAGAGACAGAAUGUCUCAAACAAUCUUUAGUUCAGAAAGUUUGUCCAGAAGGAUGGAAGAAGCUUGGUAGCAGUUGUUACUACAUCUCUACUGAGUACAAAUCCUGGGAGGAUAGCAGACAGGACUGCAGAAAUAGAGGAGCAGACCUGGUGGUCAUCAAGAGCGAAGACGAUCAGACAUUUGUCAAUUGGUUAUGCGGGGUAAAGAACUAUGUCUGGAUUGGUCUGACUGACUCUGUUUCUGAGGGGACCUGGAACUGGGUGGACGACACACCACUGACCACAAAGUAUUGGAACAGUGGAGAGUCUGAUUCUGUGUUGUUUCUUCUACAGGUAUUGGAACAGUGGACAGCCUGAUUCUGUGUUGUUUCUUCUACAGGUAUUGGAACAGUGGACAGUCUGAUUCUAUGUGUUGUUUCUUAUACAGGUAUUGGAACAGUGGACAGCCUGAUUCUGUGUUGUU